AAAGAUUCUAUUCAUUCAGUGAGGGGACACACAGAUGGUCGAAACCAUUGCUCUCAGCUGUCUUGUUUGUUCCUAUUGUGUGUGCACACACAUCUUUUUGAAGCGUUUUGAACCCCAGACACAACUGUCUUAUUCUUAUUCUCCCUUUUUUUCGAAAAAACGAACACGUCAGUCAGUGAGUGUGACGAGUUUCGACCUGUUUCAAACAUUUAAAAAAUAGUAGAGAGAGACAAAAUGAUGAGAGACUAUUCGUCGACUGGUGUCUACUGGUGCCAGACGAGUAGUCGUGCAGUGUGUUGUUACCAGCGUUGAUUUCUUUUUACUCCAUUGUGCUGUGUGUGUGUGUGUGUCUAGUGCUAAACAAUAGUAGUUUUGCUUCCUCUUUUUUAAUUUUCCUCUCUCGAACUUUACGACUAGACAAUAGACGAAACGAAAGAAAAAAAGAGAAGCAAUUCCGGACAUCCUGUGUGAUGUUCGUUAUCGACUCGCUGCAGUUUCAAUAAGUUCACCGGGACUCUUCUUCUUUUUUGUUUCAACCUCAUCCCAGGUCGUCGUCGUCGUGUGUUAGCCAGUCAUCCUUGCAGCCAAAAAUUACAGCAGCAGCAGCAGCAGCAAUGGCGGACGAUGAUUCCACAAGCGUGCGGGUCGCAGUCAGAAUACGCCCGCAGUCGGCCAGAGAAGUGAUAGAUAUGUGCCGGACGUGCACGACAGUGAUCUCAGGUGAGCCGCAGGUCAUCCUCGGUGCUGAUAAGGCGUUCACCUAUGAUUACGUCUUCGACAUGGACAGCGGCCAGGUGCAUAUUUAUAACACCUGCGUCCGGCAUCUCAUCGAAGGCUGCCUUCAGGGUUAUAACGCUACAGUCUUGGCCUACGGACAGACUGGGAGCGGCAAAACGUAUUCUAUGGGCACGGGAUUGGAGGCGGACCAGCAACUCUGCUCGAUGAGUGAUAACGUGGGCAUCUUACCUCGCUCGGUUCACCAUCUCUUCAACGGAAUUGAGAUGCUGAGGGAGGAGGCCAUCCAAAUUGGACAAACGCCGCCCGAAUUCAGAGUCCAGGCUCAAUUCCUCGAACUCUACAACGAGGAGAUUAUCGAUCUUUUAGAGCCAACCACUCGGGGUCAACGUUCGGAUAUGCGGAUUCACGAGGACCAAUUGGGCGGAAUCUACGUGGCAGGAGCGACCAGCAAGUCGGUGGCGAGCACGGACGAGGCUAUGCAUUGCUUACACAUGGGCGCCCUAGCGCGCACAACCGCUUCGACCCAGAUGAAUGCCCAGUCGUCUCGCAGUCACGCCAUUUUCACGUUGCACAUCCGCCAGCAACGGCUAGCUCCGGCUCAGAACGGGAAUGGGGACAGUGAUGAAGGCCAGCCUAAUGGAACUGGCGGAUCGAACGGAGGAGACGCUGGAUCCGAGUUGGAGACGCUUUCGGCUAAAUUGCAUUUUGUCGAUCUGGCCGGAUCGGAAAGGCUUAAACGAACCGGAGCGACUGGCGAUCGAGCCAAAGAAGGAAUUUCCAUCAACUGCGGCCUGUUGGCCCUCGGCAAUGUUAUCUCCGCAUUGGGUGACGCUGCACGCAAGGCCCUCCACGUACCCUAUCGCGACUCUAAGCUGACUCGGCUCCUUCAGGACUCCUUAGGAGGUAAUAGUCGCACGCUGAUGAUUGCCUGCUGUUCGCCAUCCGACCGCGACUUUAUGGAGACGCUCAACACACUCAAGUACGCCAAUAGGGCCCGCAACAUCAAGAAUCGUGUCGUUCUUAAUCAGGAUCGAAGUAGCCGGACGAUUGCGCUCUUGCGUCAAGAAAUUCUUCAACUGCAGCAAGAAUUGGCUGAAUAUAAACAGGGUAAACGAGUCGUGAGCGAAGACGGCCAUGAAGCGGUGAACGACAUGUUCCACGAGAAUCGUCUACUCCAGGCGGAAAAUCAGACGAUGCGAACCAGACUGAAAGCCCUACAGGAGACGGUCAAUUCCAUGACGGUGCGCAACGUGGAGCUGCAGGCCCAAAAGGCGGCCUCCACCUGGAGCAAAGCCGGAUCCGACUCUGACAUCACUCAGAUGGUCCAGCACUAUCUCAUGGAGAUUGAAGAGCUCAAGGCCAGACUGUGCGAGUCGGAGAGCAUGGCGUCUCAGCUGCGUCUCAGGGCCGCCACUCUGCAGACCAACAAAUCGCCACACAAGGGCGGACUCUCACCCCGCAAACUCAACAGCUCCGUCAACGUCCUCAUCGAGGAAGCCAAGCGCAAUCUGGAAAAGGAUAAAACGCUGCUGCAGAAAAAUCAAUUGCGACGCGAAAUUAGCGGUGGUAAUGACUCCGCCAUGGAAGCUUCCGUGUCGUCGAUGGAGCCCAGCAGCAAUGCCGGGCAAUCACGAGCGAUGAGCAGCGGCGAGGCCAGUGACGAGGAGGAAGAUAACACGCCGUCCAGUGCCGAAGGGGAGAGCGACGGAGGCGACGGAGACAGCGGAAGCAGCAGCAGCGACGAUGAAGCCAAUCAAGCCGAUGAGAACGGAGGCAUGUACAGUGCGGAAUUGGCUGAACUCACGUCGGAGAUCAGCGUCAAGCAGCAACUCAUCGAGGAGCUGGAGCUCUCGCAACGCCGACUGGACAUAAUGAAGCAUCACUACGAAGAGAAACUUGUCCAGCUCCAGGAACGCAUCCGGGCCACUACGGAAGAACGGGACAAAGUCCUGGCAGGAUUUGCUCAAAACCACGGUCCGUCUAAUCCGAAUGUGGAGGGCACGCUCCGUCGGGUUCGCGAGGACUACGAGCGGAAAUUGUCCGACUUGCAGUCGCGCUUGAAAAAAUUCCAAGCUGCCCAGCAGGAACAUGCAAAACUCUUAAAGAGUCAAAGUGACAGUGAACGUCAACUCAAAUCGCUCAAGAAUGACCUCCUGGACAUGAAACGUAACAAGGUCAAGCUGAUGCAAAAGAUGAAAGAGGACGCCAACCGUCACAAGGAGAUUGAACUGAAACGGACCCGAGAAAUUGCCCAGUUGCGUAAAGAGUCUCGCAAGAGAGAGAACGAAAUCCGCACGCUGCAGAUGGACAAGCGAGUCAAGGAGACUGUCCUCAAACGGAAACAGGAGGAAGUCAACGCCCUCCGCAAAGUCCAGGCCCGUCAGGGGGUCUUGAGCGAUCGGGCGUCCGGCCGCGUCGUUCAAUCUGGACGGAAUUCUCGCAAGCCACGCCAGCCCAUGUACUCGCCCAAAGUGGCCAAGCAGAAAUGGCACAAACUGGAGCACAAUCUCUCGCAGAUGGCCCUCAACCGGCUGACGGUCUCGCAACUGGAGAAAGAUCUGGAACGAUUGAUGGGCGUUCGCGACGAACUCGGCCGUUCGCUGUCCGAGACCCUCAGGAUCCGCGACAGGGCCUUUAUGCGGGGCAAAGAAGAAAGUUACAUCCGCGAACUGGACGACCAGUUGGAGAGUCUCAAAGCCAACAUCGAGUACGUCCAGGAAAACAUUGCUGAAUGCCAGCGGAAUAUCGUCCAGAUUGAAGAGACCAAAGAGGGACAAGGUGAUUUGGAUAUGGAAUUGGCCAUCCAGCCUAAUGAUAUGGAAGAGGCCCGUUACUUGUUCGCCAAACUGAUUAACAUGAGUCUCAAUCAUGCCACAUUGGCGGCCCAGCGCGAGGCCAGCAACAAGGAGCUGCAGAAUCAAGUGAAGCAAGUGCUGGAACGCGACGCCGUUCACCAGCAGCUGCUGCAGCACAUGCUGGCCCACUCUGAUUUGGAGGUGUACAAUCUGCUGGCGACUGGCACGACCAACAGCUCGUCAGCCCUGGAAGAGCCGGGUGGAGGCGGAGGAGGAAUUUCGUCUCGUUCCCGUUCCCGUUCUCCUUCGCCAGCCGAGAGCGUCGCCAGCGGGGCCACGACGGCCACCAACGCCACGGGCAGUGGCCGCUACAGUAAGAAGAUCAGUAAGAAGGCCAGACGUUUGACGUUUGCCGCCCCUGAAGAUUUGCUUUACUAUGAAGGCGUCGUCUCAGUUAGUGGCGGCGGCGGCGGCGGUGGUCCGCCCACUCUUCCGCCACCCAUCGUCGAGCCGUUGGUUGAUCUGCCGCCCAUUCCCAACAUUGCUCGCUCGCAAAAGAUCGACAUUCGGGGAAGUCGGGGUCCUUCGUCGGACAACAUCCAUCGGGUGGACCACUUGGCCAUCACUCCCCCCCAGAACAUGACCACCUCCACCAGUUCCCUCGCUUCUCCUCGCCUACCCCGCAAAUCUGCUAAUCACAGCAAUUCAAACUUACUGGCCAAGCUUAGCUCUUCCGAGCCGGGUGACACGUCUCCGACACCACCGGCUUCGCCACCCACAUUCCGACGAGGCGGCACGAGUCGCGAGGAGAAUCCCAACGUCUUUUCACGGCUGACUCACGGCACCAACGUUGGCCAGGAGCCCGUUCCCGAUCGCGGGGUCGUCCAUCCAUUCCAGGGCAAGCUCAGCAAUAAAUCACCUCUAAUCUGCACACGGACGGCCGAAGGGCAUUGCCAGGCAGUACUUUCCAUUUGUGCCACGGAUGCCAAUCUCUUCUCAGCUUCAAAAGAUCGGACCGUCAAAGUUUGGGAUCUCCAUUCCGGUGUUGAAAUCCAGUCGCUGGAUCGUCACCCCAACAAUGUGGUGGCCGUCAAGUAUUCGCCGGAAACUGGGCUCGUCUUUACCGCAUCAUCGGCCUACGUCAAAGUUUGGGAUUUGAGGCAAUCGCCGAGCCGCUGCAUCAAAACUCUGAGCUCAUCGGGAUGGCCGGCCAGCGGCAAUCAGGCCAAUACGACCAGCACCCGGAGUCUGCAGCUCCCGCAGGGCGAGGCGUCGAUUAACGACAUUGCCCUGAGCGGGCAGAGCAGCGCCGUGCUCUACGCCGCGGCCGGCAGUCAGGUCCGCAUCUGGGACAUUCGUAAAUUCAGCAGCACUGGCAAAUUGAGUGGCGGUCACCAGGCGGCCGUCAUGUGUCUAGCGGUGGGCAACGCCCCAAUGGCCGGCAUCGAGUCGGACGCCAACGACAAGGUGGAAUUUGUCAUUACUGGAUCCAAAGAUCACUACGUCAAAGUGUUUGAAGUCCGCGAUGGAGCCACUGGAGUGCUGAGUCCCAGGUUUAAUUUGGAUCCGCCCCAUUACGACGGUGUCCAGUGUCUUUCGCUGAGCGGCACGUCCCUAGUCUCCGGCUCACGUGACGCUUGCAUCAAACUGUGGGACAUUGAGCAGGGCGAGCAAGUCCUGUCGCUCUCCAACGUCCACCGUGACUGGAUCUGCGGUCUGGUUCACCUGCCCCAGCGUCUCGUCAUCUCCGGAUGCCGCGGAGGUGUCCUGCGUCUCUGGUCGACGGAAUCUUGGGAGCCGGUCGGCGAAAUGCGGGCCCACUCUGCCUCAGUCAAUGCCAUCGCUUUCAAUUCCACCAACAUUUUCACAGCCUCCAACGAUAACACGGUCAACAUUUGGAGGUUGCGUUCCAAUGUCGACAGCAUCUCUCCCGAGGCCGGCGAAUCUUUUUAAAAAAAGAAAACUUCAACACAUUUUUCUGCUCCAUCCAGCCUCUCAUUUCUCCCCUUUUUUUGCUUUAGGAUUUUUAAUUUAAUUUUCUUAAUAUAUUCUAAGGGUAAGGAGACGUUGGUUUAGUCACUCACACACCUUCUCUCGUGUCCUUUUUUUAAUGUAAUCUUUCUCGAUGCAGCCCCCCCCCCCCCAACGUGUUUGGAAGUAGCACGUUUACACGUCAGAUCUGCAUGACGAAAGGAGAUUGUGGUCACGCGGUCUCCUUUUUCCCAGGUUUCUCUCUAUCAAUUGUUUCAUUUGUUUAUUUCCUUUAAUUACUGUCGUCACUUAUAUUUUAAACCCCCCCACCACCCUCUUUCGCGGCGGAGUUUCUUAUUAUCCAUUCCAGCGAGACAUCACACAUUCCAUUUAUAAUACGAGUACCUAUCUAGGCGUAAAAAGAAAAGUAUUUAAUCCUCCCGAAUUUAACCCAAAUAAUUCAAAUUAAACUUAAUAAUUCUUUUGCUACGUACGGUACCACCAUCACACCACCACAGCCCCACGUAUCCGUAAAAAACAAAAAAAAAACGUUAUUUUAAAUUAUAUAGAGUUAAACUUAACUGAUUGAAAAGGAAUCUGAAUGUAUUUUUUUUUCUCUCCUAGCUGCCUCUCGCGCGUCUCUCAUACAGUAUACAUAAUAUACCAAAAUUUAUCAAAAAAUAAUUAAUAAUAAGAAUGAGGCCUUCGUGUAUAGGAAGAAAGACGAUUUGAGAAUACACUUGAUUGAGUUCUGUAUACUAAA